CGCUUUACGGCGCCGUGCGCUGCCGACCUGGGGGAGAUGUCUGCGACGGGCCGGGAGGCUCCAGGCUUCGCCAAGCGGGUCCUGGUGACCGGGGGUGCUGGUUUCAUUGCAUCACAUAUGAUUGUCUCUUUGGUAGAAGAUUACCCAAACUAUAUGAUCAUAAAUCUAGACAAGCUGGAUUACUGUGCAAGCUUGAAGAACCUUGAAACCAUUUCUGACAAGCAAAACUACAAAUUUAUACAGGGCGACAUAUGUGAUUCUCACUUUGUGAAGCUGCUCUUUGAAGCGGAGAAAAUAGACAUAGUGCUACAUUUUGCCGCACAAACACACGUAGAUCUUUCAUUUGUCCGUGCCUUUGAAUUCACGUACGUUAACGUCUAUGGUACUCACGUUUUGGUUAGUGCUGCGUAUGAGGCCCAAGUGGAGAAAUUCAUUUAUGUCAGCACCGAUGAAGUCUACGGAGGCAGUCUUGACCAGGAAUUUGAUGAAUCCUCACCCAAACAACCUACAAAUCCCUAUGCCUCAUCUAAAGCAGCUGCUGAGUGCUUUGUACAGUCAUACUGGGAGCGAUACAAGUUCCCCGUGGUCAUCACCAGAAGCAGUAAUGUCUAUGGACCACAUCAGUACCCCGAAAAGGUUAUUCCAAAAUUUAUAUCUUUACUACAACACAACAGGAAAUGCUGCAUCCACGGGUCCGGGCUGCAGACGAGGAACUUCCUUUAUGCUGCUGAUGUCGUGGAAGCGUUCCUCACCGUCCUCAAAAAGGGAAAGCCUGGGGAGAUCUAUAACAUCGGGACCAAUUUUGAAAUGUCAGUUGUCCAACUUGCCAAAGAACUAAUACAGCUGAUCAAAGAGACCAAUUCAGAGUCUGAAAUGGAAAAUUGGGUUGAUUAUGUUAAUGAUAGGCCAACCAAUGACAUGAGAUAUCCAAUGAAGUCUGAAAAAAUUCAUGAUUUAGGAUGGAAACCCAAAGUGCCUUGGAAUGAAGGAAUAAGGAAAACAAUUGAGUGGUACAGAGAGAACUUUCACAACUGGAAGAAUGCAGAAAAGGCAUUAGAACCCUUUCCAAUAUAACCACCUUUUACAUAAUCAGCAGAGUCUCAGAGAAAGAUGAGAAUUAUCCUACCUCAACCAGUGGAGUGAAAUGAAGUGACUCAAUCAAGUGCCUUUCUUCAUUUGGAAUUAGAUUAGUGACGUUUUGUGUUACAUUGAACAGCAGAAUCUUCCGAAGAGUUUCCGUGUUGAAACAGGACUUCAGAAUUCCUUCAGCAAACUUCUGGAACUUAGGAAAUGGUGGUGCUGAUGUUCCGUGAGUGGCCAGGAAGGAGUUCCCCCUUCUGAGAACAGAGACAGGUGGUGCCCUGGCCGAAUGGCACUGUGGUCAGCUGAACUCUCUGCUUCCCAGGCGUCCGGGGCUCGCAGCAGUUUGAGGUGGUCUGAGGUACAUUUGCUGUAAAAACGGACAAUGGACAACAAUGGAGGCAUAUUUAGCAUUUUUAACUUUUAAUAAUUUUAUAAAAUUGAGUUAAAUGAUUUUUAAAAGGAGACUGUAAAAUUUUUUAUUUUCAAUCGUUGUUGAUCUAUAUGUAAUCUGUAUCAGAGGAAUUUUAUCAUGUAUUUACUAUUUACAGUGAUUUUAUUUAUAAAAUGUUUCACU